UUACAACAACGAUUGCUAACUCAUUUUGGGUUGAUGGAUGAGGAUGAGAAGAAAGCAUUGGAUCUGACUUAUUCCCAUCCAUUUCAAAGACAAGAUUUCUUACCGUAUAAUAAUUAUGGACAAGUUGAAGAUAAUUAUAAAUUCUCAUGUAGAUUAAAAAGUUGCUGCGCUCCUAUAUUUGAUGUCCAAUCACAAAGCACUAUCACAUCUUGUGGAAAUUACGUCCAAAACAAUCCAGCACACACAUUUAAGAGACAAUUUGUCAACAGAAAACCACGCCAGGCUUAUAGUACUUUUCAAUUGGAACGUUUAGAAAAUGAAUUCAAUAUAAAUAAGUAUCUUAGCGUUAGCAAACGAGUUGAGCUUUCCAAGUCGCUAUCCUUGACGGAAGUUCAAAUAAAGACGUGGUUUCAAAAUAGACGAACUAAAUGGAAGAAACAGGUAACAUCACGCUUAAAAAUAGCGCAAAGGCAUCAGUUGUGGAUACCAAUUACACCUUCAGCAACAAUACUGCCUCCGAAAUAUCAAAAAAUUUCUUCCCACCUAUGUUUUUCACAAGCCGAAGUUAAGAACCUUAAAAUGGAAAUAAAUAUAUGA